AGACGAGUCCCACUAAAGUCCUCCGCUUUUCCUUUCUUUUUUUCCGACUUCCCAAACAGCCUUUCCUUUUUCCUUUUUCCUUUUUCUUUUUUUCCUUUUUCUUUUUCCAAAAUAAUUUCAUUAAAAUCCCUCAAAUUUCUAACAAAAAAUGAUUGAAACUAAAUUGAAAGCUCAAAGAUCGAACGACUCGUCGUCCAUGAAGAAAUCGUCGUCAAGAAAUUCCGAGUCAUCGGUUCACAGUCAUAUGGAGUCUCCUCAUUCACCAUUGCGUUUCCAUUCCCCGCUCCGAUCCGACGCCGGUGACCCUCCGGAGACCCCUCCUUAUGCCUCUCCCGAUACCUCCCCUGAGAAGCUGCCGGAUAACUCCAAGGCGAUUGUUGUUGUUGAUGUUGUUGAUAAGAGUACUCAGUUCUCUCCCCUUCCGUCUCCUUAUGCCGGCUCUCGGAUGCCGCCGGAGAACGUGAACUUUACUGGAGAUAGGUCGACUUCUUCUAAGGUUAUGUUUAAUCGAGCAAUGAAAGAAGAAGUGCCGCAGUCGGUUACCAAAGUAGGGCCGGCUGGUGGUGGAGGUGAGGAGAAUGGUGGUGGAGGUGGAGGUGGAGGUGGAAGAUCGCCGGUGAAGCAAAUGGCGCCGAUGUCGAGGAGGUCGAAAGACGAUGCGUUGACGAAGGCGGCUUUAGGUUUUAGAGUUUGUGAAGUGGCGGUUUGCUUGAUUUCGUUUUCAGUUAUGGCGUCUGAUAAAACUCAGGGUUGGAGCGGCGACUCCUUUGAUCGUUACAAGGAAUACAGGUACUGCCUCACUGUGAAUAUAAUUGCUUUCGUGUAUGCGGCAUUUCAAGCAUUUGAUCUUGUCUUUACUCUGAUCAAGAAGAACCAUAUGAUACGACAUCAAUUUCGUUGUUAUUUUGACUUCUUCAUGGAUCAGGUAUUGGCAUAUCUUCUCAUAUCAUCGUCUUCCUCGGCCGCAACGCGUGUUGAUGACUGGCAAUCGAAUUGGGGAAAAGACGAGUUCACACAGUUGGCCAGUGCAUCGGUCAGCAUGUCCUUCCUUGCCUUUGUUGCUUUUGCUUUUAGUUCACUCAUCUCUGGUUACAACCUUUGUACCCGCGAUCCUGCAUGAUAUUGAAAUCUCAGGCCUGUUUGUUUUUACUUGAAAAGAGAAAAUUUCAUAUUGAUUGUCAACACAAAAUUAUUCUUUUCUUUAUGUUGUACAGAGAUAUCAUAGCUUAGCUUUGACCUUACAAUAAAGAGGAUACCAAAUUGUAAAAUUGUUGGAUUGUUUUUAUUGCAUUUCUUUUAUAUA